CCGAAAUUCUGUUAGCUUAAUAAAUAUAUACCCUUCCCUCCAAAUCCUCUGCCAUCAUCAAUAUUUUCAGAUCUUAAUAGAACUGUGAAUCUAUAACUAGCCUCAGUUUUCUCAUAUUCGUCUCGGAAGCCAAGAAAUCUGCAAACCGCACAAACUUUCAUCUUCAAUCGGCCGCUGCAAGAUUCCAUUGAGUUCUUCUGUGUCUGCUAAUUGGAGACGAUAGAAUGGACGAAGUCAGAGAUAAAAUGAAGGGUCUGAUGAAGAAAGUCAACAAACCGUUCUCCAAUUCAACGUCGGGAAAAUUCAAGGGCCAGGGAAGAGUCUUGGGAUCUUCGUCGUCUUCUUCAACCAUUCACUCCCACUCAUUAUCGUCUUCAUCGUCUUUGCUUAAUCCCAAUCCUUUACCCGCCAAGCCUUCGCCUCCGCCUCCGCCUCAAAAGGUUAGCGAUACAUCUCAUCAGAAACCGCAGACAAGAAACCUCGAGAAGCCGCCGAAAUUGGAAUCAAGCGAGCAGCCGGAAAACAAAUUCGAUCCCUUCAAUUCUCUGAUUACUUCCGGUAAGCGGAACCCUAAUGGGUAUUCUUUGCAAGUGUUUGAGUGUCCGGUCUGUGGUAAAGCGUAUACCUCAGAGGAGGAGGUUUCUAUCCACAUCGAAUCUUGUUUGAGUACGGUGAAUUCUGAAAACGAAAGUAGCACUGAAAGAUCGGAUGGGCUUACGAAUCAACUGGAGAACUGUGUGAGUUCUUAUAUAUCCGGGAAGCCGAGCGAUAGUUCGAAGGAGGUUGUGUUGAGACUUUUGAAGAAUGUGGUGAGAGAGCCGGAUAAUGCAAAGUUUAGGAAGAUAAGAAUGGGAAAUCCAAAGAUAAAGGAGGCAGUUGGGGAUGCUCCUGGGGGAAUAGAGUUACUAGAGUGUGUUGGGUUUGAUCUUAGAGAGGAAAAUGGGGAAAUGUGGCUCGUUAUGGAUGAUCCUUGUAGAGAGAAUCUCGGUUUGGUUGAAAACGUGAUAUCAUUGCUAGACCCAAACAGUGUUGAAGGGUUGCCGCCGGUUGCUGUGAAGAAGGUAGAACAGUUGUUGGUUGCUCCAGCUAAGAUUGAGGAAGAACCUAUUGAGCCGAAGCAAGUUGACCGACAGAUUCGAGUUUUCUUCUCUGUCCCUGAGAGUGUCGCUGCAAAGAUCGAGCUGCCUGAUUCUUUCUAUAACCUUACGGCUGAAGAACUGAAAAGGGAAACUGAUACAAGAAAGAAGAAGUUGGAAGAAUCUAAGCUUCUAAUUCCUAAGUCCUACAGAGAAAAACAGGCAAAAGCUGCAAAAAGACGUUAUAAGAAGACUGUGAUUAGAAUACAGUUUCCUGAUGGAGUUGUACUUCAAGCUAUCUUUUCACCGUUUGAGUCUACUGGAGCUAUCUACGAGUUUGUAAGCAAUGCACUGAAAGACCCAAGCCUUGAGUUCAACCUUCAACAUCCGGAUCUAAUCAAGCGUCGAUUAAUCCCUCGUUUUCCCACAAGUGGGGAAAAAGCACCGACACUUGAGGAUGAGGAUUUGGUGCCCACAGCCCUGAUUAAGUUCAGGCCAAUCGAGACAGAUGAUGUUGUUUUUACGGGCCUAUGUAAUGAGCUUCUUGAAAUAAGUGAACCCCUCAUGUCUGGUUCAGCUGUUCCUUCGUCUUAAUCGAGCUUGGGUCGAGUCAACCUUUGGAGUGUGAAGAUCCUACUGAAAAUAAUCAACUCUUGUUUUGGAAUUUUUGAUAUGAUGUAUGUUUUGAUAUUUCACAAUCAGGGCCAGGAAAUAUUGUUCUGGGUCCCGCUUUACAACAGUACAUAUAUUUUACUCUCGUAUGGCAUAUAGUUAUGGAUUGAGAAUCAGUUUUUACGGUUCAGUUUCGCUUUGGAUGGUGAAAAUUGAAAAGCUUUA